GAACAACCACAGCAGCUCCAACAACAACGGCAGCAGCUCCAACAACAACCACAGCUGCUCCAACAACAACCACUGCAGCUCCAACAACAACCAUAGCUGCUCCAACAACAACAGCAGCUCCAACAACAACCACAGCAGCUCCAACAACAACACCAGCUACAACAACAACCACAGCAGCUACAACAACAACAGCAACUCCAACAACAACCACAGCAGCUCCAACAACCACAGCUUCUCCAACAACAACCACAGCCGCUCCAACGACAACCACAGCUGCUCCAACACUCAAACAACAAUAGCAGCUCCAACAACAACCACAGCAGCUCCAACAGCAACCACUGCAGCUCAAACAACAACAGCAGCUCCAACAACAACCACUGCAGCUCCAACAACAACCACAGUUGCUCCAAUAACAACUACAGCUGCUCCAACAACGACAACAGCAGCUCCAACAACAACCACAGCAGCUCCUACAACGACAACAGCAGCUCCAACAACAACCACAGCAGCUCCAACAACGACAACAGCAGCUCCAACAACAACCACAGCAGCUCCUACAACGACAACAGCAGCUCCAACAACAACCACAGCAGCUCCAAGCCACAACUGCAGCUCCUACAACAACCACAGCUGCUCCAACAACAACCACAGCUGCUCCAACAACAACAGCAGCUCCAACAACAACAACUGCAGCUCAAACAACUACAGCAGCUCCAACAACAACCACAGCAGCUCCAACAACGACAACAGCAGCUCCAACAACAACCACAGCAGCUCCAACAGCAACAACUGCAGCUCACACGACAACCACAGCUGCUCCAACACCAACUACAGCUGCUCUAACAACCACAACAGCAAUUCCUGCUCCAACAACAACAGCAGCUCCAACAACAACCACAGCAGCUCCAACAACAACAGCAGCUCCAAGAACAACCACAGCAGCUUCAACAACAACAGCAUCUCCAACAACAACCACCACAGUUCCAACAACAACCACAGCAGCUCCAACAACAACAGCAGCUCCAACAACAACCACAGCAGCUCCAACAACAACAGCAUCUCCAACAACAACCACAGCAGUUCCAACAACAACAGCUUCUCCAACAACAACCACAGCAGCUUCAACAACGACAACAGCAGCUCCAACAACAACCACAGCAGCUCCAACAGCAACAACUGCAGCUCACACGACAACCACAGCUGCUCUAACAACCACAACAGCAGCUCCAUCACCAACCACAGCAGCUCCUACAACAACAGCAGCUCCAACAGCAACCACUGCAGCUCAAACAACAACCACAGCUGCUCUAACAACCACAACAGCAGCUCCAUCACCAACCACAGCAGCUCCAACAACAACGGCAGCUCCAA